AUCAAUCAAAUCAUCAAUCAUCAAUCAUCAAUCGUCAUCUUCUUUCAUAAUCUAUACAGUUGGUGAUCCAUCCAGAGAAGAGAAGAAAGAAUCAUGGCUCGCACGAAGCAGACCGCAAGAAAAUCAACCGGAGGCAAGGCACCUCGUAAGCAACUCGCGACCAAGGCCGCAAGAAAAUCUGCACCGGCCACCGGAGGAGUGAAGAAGCCGCAUCGAUUUAGGCCUGGAACCGUUGCUCUGAGGGAGAUCCGUAAGUACCAGAAGAGCACAGAGCUUCUUAUCCGUAAGCUUCCAUUCCAGAGACUUGUUCGCGAGAUCGCACAAGAUUUCAAGACCGAUCUUCGUUUCCAGAGCUCUGCUGUUGCCGCUCUUCAAGAAGCCGCAGAGGCUUAUCUUGUCGGUCUAUUUGAGGAUACCAAUCUAUGUGCCAUUCACGCCAAGCGUGUUACUAUCAUGCCCAAGGACAUUCAACUAGCUCGUAGGAUCCGUGGUGAAAGGGCUUAAACCAAUCUCUUAUCUCUUUUAUUAUGUUGUUAACUCAUUUGUUUGGUUAAUUUAAUCACUUCUUUUAAUAGCAUCGUUUAAACAUUGAAUCGGAUAUAUGUUCAUCUUCUAUCAAUUUCUAAACCAUUGUCCA